CCGCUGCGGGGAGAACAGAAACCAAGUUCCCCGGCAACUAGAAGCAUCCACCGGGCUGGAGGUCGGAGGCGGCAAGGCCUUAAAGGCUACUGAGUGCGCCGGCCGUUCCGUGUCCAGAACGUCCCCUACUCCUCCGCCUUCUCUUCCUUGGCCGCCCAUCUCCAAGUUCCGACUCCGGUUUUCGCCUUUGCAAAGCCUAAGGAGGAGGUUAGGAACAGCCGCGCCCCCCUCCCUGCGGCCGCCACCCCCUGCCUCUCGGCUCUGCUCCCUGCCGCGUGCGCCUGGGCCGUGCGCCCCGGCAGGCCCCAGCCAUGUCGAUGCUGCCGUCGUUUGGCUUUACGCAGGAGCAAGUGGCCUGCGUGUGCGAGGUUCUGCAGCAAGGCGGAAACCUGGAGCGCCUGGGCAGGUUCCUGUGGUCACUGCCCGCCUGCGACCACCUGCACAAGAACGAGAGCGUACUCAAGGCCAAGGCGGUGGUCGCCUUCCACCGCGGCAACUUCCGUGAGCUCUACAAGAUCCUGGAGAGCCACCAGUUCUCGCCUCACAACCACCCCAAACUGCAGCAACUGUGGCUGAAGGCGCAUUACGUGGAGGCCGAGAAGCUGCGCGGCCGACCCCUGGGCGCCGUGGGCAAAUAUCGGGUGCGCCGAAAAUUUCCACUGCCGCGCACCAUCUGGGACGGCGAGGAGACCAGCUACUGCUUCAAGGAGAAGUCGAGGGGUGUCCUGCGGGAGUGGUACGCGCACAAUCCCUACCCAUCGCCGCGUGAGAAGCGGGAGCUGGCCGAGGCCACCGGCCUCACCACCACCCAGGUCAGCAACUGGUUUAAGAACCGGAGGCAAAGAGACCGGGCCGCGGAGGCCAAGGAAAGGGAGAACACCGAAAACAAUAACUCCUCCUCCAACAAGCAGAACCAACUCUCUCCUCUGGAAGGGGGCAAGCCGCUCAUGUCCAGCUCAGAAGAGGAAUUCUCACCUCCCCAAAGUCCAGACCAGAACUCGGUCCUUCUGCUGCAGGGCAAUAUGGGCCACGCCAGGAGCUCAAACUAUUCUCUCCCGGGCUUAACAGCCUCGCAGCCCAGUCACGGCCUGCAGGCCCACCAGCAUCAGCUCCAAGACUCUCUGCUCGGCCCCCUCACCUCCAGUCUGGUGGACUUGGGAUCCUAAGUGGGGAGGGACUGGGGCCUCGAAGGGAUUCCUGGAGCAGCAACCACUGCAGCGACUAGGGACACUUGUAAAUAGAAAUCAGGAACAUUUUUGCAGCUUGUUUCUGGAGUUCUUUGCGCAUAAAGGAAUGGUGGACUUUCACAAAUAUCUUUUUAAAAAUCAAAACCAACAGCGAUCUCAAGCUUAAUCUCCCUCUUCUCUCCAACUCUUUCCACUUUUGCAUUUUCCUUCCCAAUGCAGAGAUCAGGGAGGAAAAAAAAAAAAAAAACCCAAACAAACAAAAGCACCCAGGCACCCACUGUCAGUUCUGGGCAACUGAUACGCCUGUUUCAGCAGCCUUUCUUUUUUUUGAAUGAAUGGGAAUUGCAAAUCAACUGGAUUUUCAUUAUUUCCUUUUAAUUUAUAUAUGGAGAAAUGUGAAGAGGGAAAGGAAAUGGAGAGAGAAAGAGAAAGAGAAAGGGAGAUAAAAAUAGUGAAAAUAAGAGCCUCCAGGCUCAGAAGAACUGAUUACAUUCUUAAGGUGAACAGGAAAAAUACAAUCUAUAACUUUCUUUGAUGAAGAAAAAUUAAGUUUACAUUUUUCAUAUUUAGUGUUAAACAAUUUAAUGUAGAUUAAAAUAAAAGAACAGUAUUAGGAGGAAAAAACAAGUGCCUAAAUGUCUUAAUGCUCUCUAUGUGAGACAGAAAUAGACGUGACCAUUAGUAAUGCAACUAUUUUUGUCAGAUUUAGUGGGAUUUUUUGGUUGUUGUUUGUUUUCUUGGGUUUUUUUUUUUUUUUUUAAUGACAAACUCUAAAAAUGUACCAAUGUGAAAAAACACUUUCCUGAAUGCCAUUACUCAUGCCCUCAAAGCUUUCAUAUCUGUAGCCUACUCCUGUUAAGGGUUUCUCCUGUUUCUAGUUUCUAGUUUGCAAAGGUAUGCCAACGAAUCUGGCAACCUGGUAUUUGUUACUAAAACAGCAUGUGUUUUCAGGUUUCUUUUCUAUUGUACCUAAAGCAGUCUAAAUUAAAACUUAGUAGAACACCAGGAGUAUGAUUGUGUUUCUGAAAGGUGAGUGGUGUAUUGCUGUCAUUGGGCCCUAUUUUUUUUUUUUAAUAUGUUUUUCUUUCUUACUUAAUGGUGGCUGUGAAUUGCAGGGUACUUUGAAGGCCAUCAUCUGAACCAAGAGUAGUAACUAGAUUAAUUAUAUGACAGAAAGAGUGAAUUUAGCCUUGGGGUAUUUAUUAACUUCUAUUAUUUAGAUAUGCAAUUUUGUUUACCACUGUCUCUUCACAGCAUUCAUAUGUUAACUAAGCUCUUUUGUGUUAACAAGUUUAUGACAAGACUGUGAAAGUAAAAAUAAUUUAUCUGCUUGAAGACAAAAAAGGGAAGGAGAACAAGGAUAGAAACAUUGUGAAUUAAUUUGUACAAAUAGAAAGCAGACCAGCAGGACAGGAGCUCUUUUGCAGCGCUGCCGGAUAGUGUCUAGAAAAAUCCCAGUAAUCAUGUAGGCUCCAUAUUAUUUUUGCCUGGGGCAAAAUGAUGUAUCUUCUGUAUUUAGCUUUUAAAAUUAGUGAAACAAAUGGCAUUAUUUAUUAAAAUUCUACUCAGGAUAACAGGAUUGGCUUGCUUGUGCUUUGUGAAAUAUUGUUCCCCAGGGAGAAUCUAUUUAUUUUGUGACAUGACAGUUUCAUAAUUUUGAUUUUUUCCCAUCUGUAAGUGUCACCAUUAAUAUGUUAUUUCUUUCUUACUCUUUCCUAUUUCUGUUCUGGUCUAGAAAACUGAGGUGUGUUUGGGGAAAUCAAGGCCUUCUUAUUUUUUAAAACUGUCAAAUAGCUUUGAGUUCCAGGGAGAAAUGGUCACUGUACUUAACUGUAGACACUUUUACUUAUAAAGUCGUUCUUCCCCUCAGUGAUGGACAGAUGUGCACACAGCCACUCAGAGACCAUCAUUUGGUUUGGGAGCUCAGGGUCCCAAUCUCCCUUGUUAGUGUUUUGGAUCAUUAAGUCGGUGUUUAUUUAAGUCACUAGGGUGUUUAUUCUCCCUGUCUUGGGCCACGGAGAAAUGCCACCCUCUGCAGGAGGGGCUCUCACAGGGAAUCUCCGUACAUUCUUCACAUUCACUCCCCAAAACAAACACCCUGCACAAAGAUAGCUUUCAAUGACCCUGACAGGCUUCAAAGGACGCUGCGGAAAUCUCUCUGGAAAAUAGGAAGGGCCAAUUACUUUAAUUUCUUACAUGCCGUCUCUUCCUACUCCGGUGACUACCCCCCACUCUCCCAGCUCCGCUUGGGAUAAUUUUAGGCUCGUGGAAGUUGUGUCUCGAAGGGCGCCCCGGCCCACUUCCUGCUCCCUUAGUUGGGAAUCUUGGAAAUGUCUGCAGAUCCGGCGAGGAGCAAGAGAGCUGGUCCUGUAAAAGCCCCCGUGAUUACUGCUUGUAAACUUGUUAAAAGGACAAUUUUCUGUCACAGUCAUAAACUCUUUGUAAAACCCCUGGCACUAAAUCCAGAGCGCGCAUAUUCCAGAUGUGUUUAAUAAGAAAUUGCACAAUGUGCCUCCUUCCGCCAUCCUCGGCUCAGUCUGGGUAAAAGAGGGACGAGCAGGAGGAGGCGAGAAAGCUGGAUAUUGCUUUGAGUUUUUUUGGCAAUCAUAUCAGAGAGAUCAUUAGGGGAAACUAACCAUAUUUUUUUCUUCCCUCGAGGAAAUCUUCGAGAACCAGCUGUUAAGGGACCUCCAAUUUACCUUCUGGGCGUCACAAUUUAACUGAAUCUAAACCCACUUUUCGUUUCUCCUCUACAGAUGUCAUAACGGUAGCCAAAAGUAAUGAACAACGGCUUAUAAAUAAAGUGUUUGUAGGACGAAACCAUACAGCAUUGUGCCAAGUGAAAUGAA